AUGAGGAAUGAAAACAAUAAUAACAGCAUACCGACAGGUACCAAUAAUAACAAUAAUAAUAACAAUUCCAUAUCCGUGCCAGAACAAUUCCAAUCUCAAUUACAACCGCACACGAUCCUUCUUAAAGACGGAGAGACCAUAGCCACGAUGUACCCCAUCCCAUCGUAUUCUGAUUUACUUCCUCUGGGACUACUCAACUUCCUCCUGGAUGAGUUUAACAUGGAAAUUGAAAAAGGUGAUUCGUUUCCCUAUUACGAGACUUUAAACAUGGAAGAAUUCAAAGAUGUUUGGUUCCAUAACGACGGACACAUCUGUGUGAUGGUCCUUGGUGAGAUUCCCGAGUUAGAUUACAGUGUUGAUAAUGAUUUACCCAAUGUGGAGAAUAAUUACGGGACGGAGAUAGAUACGAUGAGAGAAACGUCGCAAUACAAGAAGAGGAAAGAGAGAAGGAAUUUAAAUUUGAAUAUACAAUGGGAGAAACAAUGUCUGGGGAUAUUUGCCUUGCAACCGGCAUAUCCUGGACGAUCGUCACAUGUGGUCACUGGGACGUUCUUGGUUAAUGCAGGUAUUCGUGGGAAGGGUAUUGGGAGGACACUAGUGGAAACGUUUGUAGAAUGGUCCACGAGGUUGGGGUUUACCUCUUCUUGUUUUCCUCUGGUUUAUGGGACGAAUGUGGGGAUUCGUCGUAUCUUGGAAGGUUUAAAUUUUAGAAGGAUUGGUAAAUUACCUGAAUCUGCUAUCUUGAAGGGGUUUGAUGUUCCUGUGGAUUCGUUUAUUUAUGGUAAAGAAUUUGCACAUAUUACGAAGAGUAUUGAUUUAUUGCGAGAUCCUCAGAUCACUAAUGAGAUUGCUAAAUAUGAACGACUGAAGUAUUAUUUGGAGACCGGGAAGUAUCCUGAUCAUUGUGACCGGAAUGAGAAGGCCAGACUACGUGUUACUGGUAAGUAUCAUUCGGUAUUGAAUGGGAAAUUAAUGACUAAGGGUAAGGAAGUUGUUUAUGAUCCCGAUAGACAGAGACAAAUUGCAUUGGAUUAUCACGUUAUGGAGCAUCAGGGGAUUAAUAAAGUGACGUCUAAGAUUGUGGAGAAGUACCAUUGGAAAGGUGUCAAGCAGACAGUUUCUGAGAUUAUUCAAGAGUGUCAGAAAUGUAAGAUGAGGUAUCAAGAUGGGACUGGUGUGGUUGUGGUGCCCAAUGAUGGUGUUCCUCAGACACGCAUGCUGCCGUCGCAGACUGUUGUUGCUGCAGGUUCUUCUUCUGCUGCUGUUGGUUCGCAUAAUAAUGAUUCAUUUAAUAAGGAACUUCAGACUGUUUUAAAUGCGGGGAACCAUAUUGGUGAUGCGUCGAGUAAUUUAUCUAGGAUGGCAGCUGCAGCUAUUGGCUCAUUGCAAAGGGAGCAAAAUAAUGGUGUUGAUGAAGCAACCCCACCUGAUGGACAAGAAUUAAGACAUGGUGGGAAAGGGUCGAUGUUACGUCAACGGAUACGAUUCCAUAAUGAUGGGGGUGUUGUUGCUGAUGAGAAUUAUCAGUCUGUUUCCGCAACUACUGUGGAGGAUAAUGAUGGAUCGAUGAAUGCAUUUAAUAAAUUUGUUAAUGAGGGCCGCGAGAAUAGUACGAAGAAGAGAAGAAAGAAUGAUGGUAAUGCUUCGAUUUCCAUUGGAACUCCGUUACAGAAUCAACUUAACUUAAACACUAAUGGUGAGAAUGAAAUAUCUUCCAAUGCAAUGAAUGAAGCCAUGUUAAAUUUGGAAGGUAAUGUGAUGGCAGCAUUAGAGAUGGUGGAACAAGAUCAAAAUGGAGAUACGACUAUGAAUAAUAUAUCGAGUAACGAUCCGUUCUUUAAUUAUUAUGGAUUUGAAGAGUAUAAGGAGGAGGAGGAUGCGGAUUACGGUGGUGAAGAAGAAGAAGACGAGGAGGAGGAAGAAGAAGAAGAAGAAGAAGACGAGGAUGAUGAUGAGGAUGAUGAGGACGAGGAGGAAGAAAUUGCCGGGCUAGCUGAAGAGAAUGAAGCAGACGGUUCCAAUGGACAUGCCCAGGAGGAGAAAGUUUCGAGUAAUUUCGGCAAACCAUCCCCAAAUCUGUAUUAUUAA